AAAUUCUUCGUAGAGUACAACCUCACAAAUCACAAUAGCUUGUCACCGAGUCAUACGAUCCACCCUCUUCUUGCGGCGCGUUAGGGUUCUGCGUUUUCUUCUUCUAGGUUUGCCAUGGAUAGUGGAUUAUCCAAUCUGUCGGAUCAAACAGUUCUUCAAGAGCAAGUGGAUUUAGACGAGUUGUUUACAGAUUGGAAUCUUGUAAACCAACCUACGAGGUUGCCUGAUUCUGACGGAGAUGUUAACGAGGAUUCUGAUUUUAGUGACUUGGUCCUCAACUAUAUAAACCAGAUGCUUAUGGAAGAAGAUAUAGUGGAGAAAAACUGCAUGUUUCAAGAGUCUGCUGCUCUUCAAGCUGCAGAAAAGUCUUUCUAUAAUGCUCUUCUUGUGAAAGAUCAAGAUCAAGGUCAAGUUCCAAAUCCUGGUCAAGAUCAAGAUGAUGGUCAAAAUCAAGAUCAUGAUAAUGGUCAACUUCAAUAUCGUGGUCAUGUUCAAGAUCAAGAGGGAUCUUUAUAUAAUAUACCAAUAAUUCAAGAUCAAGGGCAAGAUCACGAUCAUGGUCAAGAUCAAGAUCAUGGUCAACUUCAAAAUCGUGGUCAAGAUCAAGAUAAUGUUGCAGAGGAAUCUUUACAUAAUCUUCUUACUGUUCAAGAUCAAGAACAUGGUCAACUUCAAAAUGAUGGCCAAGAUCAAGAUCUUGCUGCAGAACUGAUAGCUUCUUUUGGCAUCAGCAGCUCUAUGAGUGGUACAGAUCUUACCAAAUCUUCUCUAUUACCGAAUACAUUGAUCAGUUUUGAUUCGCAGUCUAGAUUUAAUCCAUCUUACAGCUUGUUUAGCGGUACUAGGAAUAUCGUUGAUGGAUUCCUGUAUUCACCUGUGAGUAUUUUAAGUUCUCGAGAUAUCUUUUGUGAUAACCCGUCCAUGGUGCAAUUUCGAAAUGGUAUCGAUGAAGCUAGUAGGUUUCUUCCUAAUGGUACGAUCUUAGAUUUUAAAGGCACUGGUGUUUUGGAUCAAACAACGGAGAAGAAACGGGAAAUUAGCUUCACCCGGGAUGGAUCAAGAGGAAGAAAAAAUCUGUAUUCCAAAGAUCUUAUUGAGGAUGGAAGGUAUUCCAAGCAAUCUGCGGUUUAUAAUGAACCACCUGUGAGUUCUAAGAUGUUUGAUGAUGUGUUGCUGUGUGGUGGACCCAAAACUCAUCCUUUUCAAUGUGAUUUUGUUUGCAAAAAGUACGCGAAUAAAGGUCAACCGAAGGGAUCUAAUGGGAUUAAAGCCCGUGCGAAGAAACCAAAGGAAGCGGUAGAUUUAAGAAUACUUUUAACCCUAUGUGCACAAUCGGUUUCCAUCAACGACCAAAGGGGUGCAACCGAUCUACUGAAACGGAUAAGAGAGCAUGCUUCCCCCACAGGUGACGGAAUGCAAAGAUUGGCCCAUUACUUUUCUGCUGGGCUUGAAGCCCGUAUGGCCGGGUCUGGAACCCAAAUCUACAAAGCCCUUCUUUCUAUACCCACAUCAGCUGUUGAUGUGUUGAAAGCAUACCAUUUAUUUCUAGGGUGCUUCCCUUUUACGAAAAUCUCCCAUUUUGUUUCAAACAAGACUAUUAUGUCUGUUGCCCAAAACAAAACGAAACUGCACAUUAUAGAUUUUGGAAUUCUUCAUGGGUUCCAAUGGCCCUGCCUCAUACAACAAUUUUCAACUAGGCCCGGUGGGCCACCCGAGCUUCGAAUCACUGGCAUCGACUUCCCAUGUCCUGGUUUCCGACCCACCCAACGGGUUGAAGAAACAGGACGACGGUUAGCAAACUAUGCUGAAACAUUCGGUGUUCGGUUUAAAUUCAAAGCCAUUGCCCAAAAGUGGGAAACAAUCAGAAUAGAGGAUCUUGAGCUUGAUGAUGAAGAAACACUUGUUGUGAAUUGUGGUUACAGGUUUAGAAACUUGCUUGAUGAAACAGUCAUGGUUGAUAGUCCAAGGAAAAAAGUGUUGCAUCUUAUUAGGAAAAUGAAGCCCGAAAUCUUUAUACAUGGGAUUGUGAACGGGUCAUAUGGUGUACCCUUUUUUCUCACAAGAUUUAGAGAGGCUUUGUUUUUCUUUUCUUCUUUGUUUGAUAUGCUUGAUGCAACUGUUGACCGUUUGACUGAAGAAAGAAUGUUGAUUGAGAAAACGAUGUGGGGACGCGAGGCGAUGAAUGUUAUUGCUUGUGAAGAUGGUGAGAGGAUUGAACGACCAGAGACUUAUAAACAAUGGCAGGUUAGGAUUCAACGGGCUGGAUUUCGCCAGGUGGCGUUUGAUAAAGAAAUCGUGAACAAGGCUAAAGAUAGAGGGAGUUCUGAUUACCAUAAAGAUUUUGUCAUUGAUGAAGAUGGUUAUUGGAUGUUGCAGGGCUGGAAAGGGCGUGUUUUAUAUGCAAUUUCUUCAUGGAAACCGGCAUUUGACAAAUAAAGAUAGAAUGGUACAUGUGACAAAAUGUAUUAAAAUUUUGUAUCUUUUUGACUGUUGUUGUAAUGCUAAAAGUUAGGAAGUAAUCAGAUAUUAUUCUGAUAUAUUUCAUUGAUGCUUUUAUCAAGUCUUGCUCCAACGAAAAAUGGUUGAGAAGGAUUACUACAUUGAGGGUUGAGGUCGGUUCUUCGAUAA